UGUUUACCGACUUGAAUUUCGGUCGCUCUCUUCACUGCACUGUGCUCACUGCUGACCACCGUGUUUCUUAAAGAGAUGCAGACCUGAUGCAGACCGGAUGCAGACCGGAUGCAGACCCUCUUGUUUGAAGUAUUUUGCUUCAAAAUGAACAACGUGUUUGGAUGAAUCUCCGGGUCUACUCAGGAGGAAACGGGAACAUGAAAUGGAGAUCACUCGUGCCAGGCCGUCCUUGUACGGAGAAAUCGCUCACGGUCUGGGAUUCUGGACUGACCGCUCAGCCGUUCAUGAAGCUGCAGCACAGGGCAGGGCACUCCAGCUGCAGCAGCUAAUCGAAGGAGGUGCAGCAGUUAACAUUGUGGCAGUCGAUUCCAUCACCCCUCUGCAUGAGGCAUGUAUACAAGGACAGACUCAGUGUGUCAGACUGCUGCUGGAUGCUGGUGCUCAGGUGGAUGCUCGUAACAUCGAUGGCAGCACUCCUCUGUGUGAUGCCUGUGCAGCAGGUAGCCUGGAAUGUGUGAAGCUGCUGUUGGAGUAUGGUGCAACAGUAAAUCCUCCGCUGUUUACCUUCUCACCGCUUCAUGAGGCUUGUAUGGGAGGUAACUCAGACUGUGUUCAGCUCAUGAUUGAUCAAGGAGCUUCCAUGGAGGCCCAUGACUGCCACUACGGCACACCGCUUCAUGUAGCAUGUGCAAGGCAACAUUACGACUGCGCCAAAGUUCUCCUCAAUGCAGGUGCGAAUGUAAACGCUGCCAAGCUACAUGAGACAGCACUUCACCAUGCAGCCAAAACACAGAAUGUGGACUUGACUGAGCUACUUGUGGAGUUUGGGGGGAAUUUGUACGCCAGGGAUAAUCUUAACAAAAAACCAAUCCACUAUACCAACCUGGGAUCUCCCUCGUACCUCUGCUUUGAGUUCUAUGAGAAUACCCCCCUCAGUCUGCAGCAGAUCAGCAGAGUGGCUUUCAGAGAGUCUCUUGGAACAAGAGCAUGUGACGUUGUUACCAAGCUGGACUUGCCCAAUCGCAUCAUAAGUUUUCUUUCUCACAUACCACCUCCUGUUAUUGAAAUCUAAUCACCUUUGGGAAGUUAAGGUGCAGCUCUGGGCGUGUUAAAGCUAGAAAAGGUUCUGCUGGCUCUCUGCUGGCUCUCUGCUGGCUCUCUGCUGGUUCUUUUUCUGGAAAGUCACAUGACCAUAUGUUGGAUUUGGCAGACAGGGAGCACAGAUGAUUACAGCUAAACCAGUAGGGUGAACAUCACAGAGAAGUUGGCAUGACUCAAAUAAUUGCACAAAAUGCACGCAAAUUGUUACAGAGCUAAGUGUGCUUGCUCACUUAAAGCUGAGUUUGCAGAUUGUUGGACUAUUCAAGAACAGCAAGAGGUUCUGGGUUGUCUCUUUGCAAAUGGCUGCAAACGUUUAUCCACAUUUAUCAAACACAGAUCAGCAGGAACAUUCUCCACAACUACUGUCCAGUAUCUCCAUCCAGCAAAUGUUUCAGGACUGUGUUAGCAAUCACUGAUUCAUAGCAGCAGGUAAAAUUAAACCCUUAUCUUUCUAAAUAUUCUGCAAACAUUGUACCAGGAACUCAGAAACAUUAUCUUCAAACACAAAGGGGAAUGGAAGUCCAUUCAAGUUGGAUUUUAUAGAGUUGGAUGGAAGGUUGGCUAUUUUAGGGAAGAUCUAUCCAGCCAAAGUGCGCCAACAUAAACACACAUGUGUAACAAGGUAAUAUUGUGUACAGUAAACAGAAACAAAGUUGCUUAUACAACAGUUUUUUACUCUUUGUAGUGUUUGUGUUGGGAAAUGUGCUGGCUCAACUUUGUAGUUGCCAUAUUUAUCAGUUGGUUUGUACUUGGUAGCCUUUACAAGCAAAACUGUGCUAGCCUACUCAUCCUAUCCAAAGUACAUUAAGUAAUCAGUUAAAGCUGCUGUUGGUAGGAAUGGUGUCAAAAAAGUUACUUUUUUUCUGCUGGGUUUGGAGAAAAGGUCAUAAUACCCAUCUGUACUCAUAGGUAAGUGAAUUGUUAUUAUUCCCCUCGUUCCCGUUAUGACGGACCAAUCAUAGCUAAUCUCCAAUCCUCCAUCCUGAUUGGUCGAGUGGCGGCCCCACUACGUCGCCCAGAUUAGCUGGGAAGCCACUACUUCCUCAUAGAACCAAGCGGCAAACAUCCGGUCUCAAAUGAUGAAGCUCGUGCGGAAGUGUAAUACAUCGAGAAUCCGUUUGAGGCUGGCUGCAGAAACACCGGAAACCACAUACACACCCAUUCAAAGACGACGAUCUUUGCAGCAUUAAUAAACAUGUUUACAGCCUGGUUCAAUAAACAUGUUUACAGCCUGGUUCAAAAAACAGCUUGGCUCUACGUAGCUAAUUUCUCUAUCAGGACACACUGUACGGGGGGUGAAUUUUGUUCUAACGCGACGGUAUAGAAGAUAUUAAGAUUACGAGUUUUUGCCCGAAUAAGGACAUGACUGACUUGACUCUUGGACGGGAACACAGCUGUUGGCUAGGAGGCUCAAACUCCGCCCCUUUACGUCACACAAUGCCUGGUUGAGUUCAAGACAGCGCUCAGGAACAGAUGGGUGACGUCACGGAUAUUACGUCCUUUAUUUAUACAGUCUAUGCAUAGAACGCACACAACAAUCUUUUGUGGGCGGGGUUAUGGGAGCAGAGAGGGGAGGGGUAGUGUUGACAUUCGAAAUCUCUCUCUGAACUGAUGUUUAUAUCACGACUACCAACAGCAGCUUUAAAGAAGGUACUGUAGAGUUCAGUUAAAAUAAAAACCUGUAAACAUCCGUUUGCAGCCAUAAUCUAUGUUUUCCUGAACAGACGCAGCGGGAAAUUGAAAGAAACUGUUAUAUAGAAAAUAUCAGCUACCUCCAUUGUAUGUCAGGAUUACAACAUGGAGUUUAAUGACCUCACAUGACUGCCAGCAGAGAUCAGCUCACCUUCAACCUGAGCAGAGGUCUAAUCAACCAGAUACAAUGAUUCAUUUUUCAACACUAGAGAUCAUUCUGAAUAACUCUGGAGUUUGAGUUAGUGUUGAUAAGUCAGAAGUAUUUCUUAAUCAAGUUUACAUAAAGCUGUCUGUCUUGGUCAUCAUGAAGGAGUGAGAAUGAAUGUACAAUGUGUGUAACAAUUCUCUGAACCCAAAGGGACCAGGAAGUAGUCUGAGUACCAGGAUCUAAUUUGUAUGUAUUUGUAUAUAUUCUGUAACUAUUUAUAUUGAAUGUAAAUUUGUAAAUAAUACAGAUGGUUCUACCUCUAUUAAAUUAGUGUAAAUAAAUAGACCACCUCUGGACUGUUAACAGAAA